CCCCCAACAACAAAAACAAAGAGUAAAACACCAAAAGCAAAAACCCAAUCUAGGUGAAUGUAAUGUAAAAACAAAACCAACCAAAGCUGCACUGCACAAACCACACAGCAAAAGCAAAAACCACCAAAGUAUACUUUUCUUGCUUUUGCCUUUUAUUUACUUCUCUCACAACUAGGACGAAAACAAAAGCUCUAGCUGGAUGUAUUUGUUUUUGUAUUUUCAUUCACUCUCAUAAACACAUCUCUUGCUUUCAUAAACACAAAAAACCCAGAUGUUGAUUUUUGGCUUUGUGCCUCGGUGAGCUGUAGACUUUAAGGAAGAUAAUAAUGUUGUUUCAGAGGUUAGGGACAAUUCAUGAGUAUGGAGAACGUUGAAACGUUUCGAUCUGUUUUGUGGCUGUGUAGCUGAGAGAUCUUGCGGACGGUGCUUUAUGUUUUUGUUGCUUUCGUGUUUAGGUGCUGGUGAGUCCGAUAUGAGUAGCUGAGUGGAAUCGGUAGCGAGCGAGCUAAGGGGAGAGAAAGCAAUCGAAUCAAGGAGAAACGUCUUGUUCGAAACGUUUCGACGGUUUCUAGUUUUGAUGUUUUAGGAAAGCGUCGUUAUAUUCUGGUGAUAAUUUUUUUCUGGGAUUUGAGCAUAAACUUGGAGGAAUCGGUGUCUGGUGGAACGAGAAUUACCACCCGGGUGCGAAACGUUUCUUGGGGUUUUUCUGUCUUUGAUGCAUUGGAAAACGCUGGAAAUGUUUUCAUAAACAGAUCGUUGAGUGCUGAAAGCUCUGAUCUCGAAGGAUUUAUGCGUUUAUUGUGUUUGGGGCUGUCUCAUAGUGACAAAACAAGAAUGACUGCGUAACGAAUCAGGAAAUCCUUGUCUCAUGUCGUAUUUAUCUUAACACUUUAAUAUAUUAAAGUUCUAAAAUUGGAUAUAAAUUUAUGGAGCAUAUGCAUUUUAGCGAAGCCCCCUCAAAAUUUGUUCUUCGUUUUAAGCUAUAAAGGGUUUGGAUAUUUUGUUUGAGGAAAAGUAGCUACUUGUGUUUGUUUUAAUUUUUUUUUAUUUUGCUUGUGUUAUAACGUGUAUCAAGUGCUUAAAAUUGUUUUAAAGGAGGAGAAACCAUUAGUGCUUGGCUUAGGUUUUUUGUGGGUAUUGCAAUCUGCUUAUUCCCCAUUGGUGCAUAUUUUGGUACCCUUGAAGAGGUAGAAGUUUGUGAGCUCAUGAUUAAGGGGUUUUUAGCACUUGGUGGGUAAUGUCAAUUAGUGCACAAGGUGUUUGAAACUGUGAGCGAAGAAGUGAAGCUACCUGUCUUUGUGCUAGUUUGAAUCAUUGUGGAGAUUUGUGAAUUUUGGUGGUGAAAUUUGAAGAUGGCGAUGUCCUGCAAGGAUGGUAAAUCAGCAACCUUGGACAAUGGCAAGUAUGUAAGGUACACACCUGAGCAGGUUGACGCUCUUGAGAGGCUCUAUCAUGAGUGCCCAAAACCCAGUUCAAUUCGCCGCCAACAGUUGAUAAGGGAGUGCCCUAUCCUUUGUCACAUUGAACCCAAACAAAUAAAAGUGUGGUUCCAGAACAGAAGAUGCAGAGAAAAGCAAAGGAAAGAGGCCUCCCGCCUUCAAGCUGUGAAUAGAAAGUUGACAGCUAUGAACAAGCUGUUAAUGGAGGAGAAUGAUAGGUUGCAGAAGCAGGUGUCACAACUGGUUUAUGAGAACGGAUACUUCCGUCAACAUACCCAAAAUACAACGCUUCCAACCAAAGAUACAAGCUGUGAAUCAGUGGUGACGAGUGGUCAACACCAUUUGACACCUCAGCAUCCGCCUAGGGAUGCUAGUCCUGCAGGGCUUUUGUCCAUUGCAGAAGAGACUUUAACAGAGUUUCUUUCAAAGGCCACUGGAACUGCUGUUGAGUGGGUCCAAAUGCCUGGAAUGAAGCCUGGUCCGGAUUCCGUUGGAAUCGUUGCUAUUUCUCAUAGUUGCAGUGGAGUGGCAGCUCGAGCCUGUGGCCUGGUGGGUCUAGAGCCUACUAGGGUCGUAGAAAUCCUCAAGGAUCGGCCUUCGUGGUUUCGCGAUUGCCGAGCUGUGGAUGUUCUGAGUGUGCUGCCAACUGCCAAUAGUGGAACCAUUGAGCUGCUAUACAUGCAGCUCUAUGCGCUGACUACAUUGGCACCAGCUCGCGACUUUUGGUUGUUGCGCUAUACUACUGUUUUAGAAGAUGGUAGCCUUGUGGUUUGUGAGAGAUCCCUGAAGAAUACACAAAAUGGUCCCAGCAUGCCACCAGUGCAGCAUUUUGUUAGAGCAGAAAUGCUACCAAGCGGGUACCUGAUCCGUCCUUGUGAAGGAGGUGGUUCAAUUAUACAUAUUGUUGAUCAUAUGGAUUUGGAGCCAUGGAGUGUGCCUGAAGUUUUGCGUCCACUUUAUGAAUCAUCAACGGUUCUUGCCCAAAAGACAACAAUGGCAGCUCUACGCCAGCUGAGGCAGAUAGGCCAGGAGGUUUCUCAGUCUAAUGUUACUGGCUGGGGAAGGCGACCUGCAGCUCUACGAGCACUUAGCCAGCGGUUGAGCAGGGGCUUCAAUGAGGCCGUCAAUGGAUUUACUGAUGAGGGAUGGACAAUGAUGGGAAAUGAUGGCAUGGAUGAUGUUACUAUCCUUGUGAACUUGUCUCCUGAAAAGCUAAUGGGUUUAAACCUUUCCUUUGGUAAUGGGUUUCCAGCUGUCAGCAAUGCAGUCUUAUGUGCUAAGGCAUCAAUGCUUUUGCAGAAUGUGCCCCCUGCAAUCCUUCUACGGUUUUUGCGAGAGCACAGGUCAGAGUGGGCUGACAAUAGUAUUGAUGUUUACUCAGCCGCAGCUAUCAAGGUUGGUCCCUGUAGCUUUGCAGGGUCCAGAGUUGGAGGUUUUGGGGGCCAAGUUAUUCUGCCACUCGCUCAUACUAUUGAACAUGAAGAGUUCUUGGAGGUCAUCAAGUUGGAAGGUGUUGGCCAUUCUCCUGAAGAUGCUAUAAUGCCUAGAGACAUGUUUCUCUUGCAACUCUGUAGUGGGAUGGACGAGAAUGCUAUUGGCACCUGUGCUGAACUUAUAUUUGCUCCCAUUGAUGCUUCAUUUGCUGAUGAUGCUCCUCUUCUACCAUCUGGUUUUCGCAUCAUUCCUCUUGAUUCUGGAAAGGAAGCCUCUAGUCCAAACCGCACCUUGGACCUUGCUUCUGCUCUUGAGAUUGGCCCAGCUGGAAAUAGAGCGUCUAGUGACUAUUCUGCCAAUUCUAGCUGCAUGAGAUCAGUGAUGACAAUAGCAUUUGAAUUUGCAUUUGAAAGUCACAUGCAGGAUCAUGUGGCAUCCAUGGCUCGGCAAUAUGUCCGCAGCAUUAUAUCAUCUGUUCAGAGGGUUGCAUUAGCACUCUCUCCAUCUCAUUUAAGUUCACAUGCUGGUCUUCGGACACCUUUGGGCACCCCUGAAGCACAGACGCUUGCUCGUUGGAUCUGCCAGAGUUAUAGGUGUUAUUUGGGUGUGGACCUGCACAAAUCCAACGGUGAAGGAAGUGAAUCCAUUCUGAAAACCCUGUGGCAUCACACAGAUGCUAUCAUGUGCUGCUCUCUGAAGGCAUUGCCCAUUUUCACUUUUGCAAAUCAGGCAGGACUUGACAUGCUUGAGACAACCUUGGUUGCACUGCAAGACAUAACUCUGGAAAAGAUAUUUGAUGAUCAUGGACGAAAGACUCUCUUCUCAGAGUUCCCACAGAUAAUGCAACAGGGGUUUGCUUGUCUUCAAGGCGGCAUCUGUUUGUCAAGCAUGGGCAGACCGGUUUCUUAUGAACGUGCAGUGGCAUGGAAGGUAUUGAAUGAAGAAGAGACUGCACAUUGCAUCUGCUUUAUGUUCAUUAACUGGUCUUUUGUCUGAUAUUUGGAGCAGCCAUGGAUAGACAGAAAAUACUUUGAAAACACAGUUUAUAUUUUGCUGGCUUGUUUAAACUUUAGGCCAUGAAAGCCUUAAAAUACUUUCCUACUAAAACAGAUAAGGUUGUUAGGCCUCCUCUUGCUUUUCUCUGAACUUGCCUUGUGUUGCUUGGAAUAUAUUUGUAAUGAAUAUGCAACAUGAAACUUCAUUGGGUUUGCAAAA